UUAUUGUAUUAGUUGUUUCUCUAUUGACACCAUUAUGUUCCCGCUAGUUAUUUUGCUAGUAUGGGGCACUGCCACUGAGCUUCUAGCUAAGCCACAUUACGAUUUGAACGAAGCUCACAAACUUUUCAAAGACUUCACGCAGAAACAUGGUAAAACAUAUGAACCUGAAGAAUAUUUGAAAAGACUCGAGAUUUUCAAACAAAAUUUAGCAGAUAUCAAUGAGCGUAACGCCAUGUUUCCGGAAACUGUUUUUGGCAUAACUCGAUUUGUUGAUAUGACACCUGAAGAAUUAAGAGCAGGCUAUGGUUUCAAAAUGUCUGAGGAUAUUGAUAGAAUAGCAAUUAAGCUGCAUCUUCGUCCCGAGGAGAUCACGGCUCCGGAACAGUGGGACUGGAGGGACCAUGGAGCCGUCACGCAUGUAAAGAAUCAAGGCCACUGUGGUAGUUGCUGGAUCUUCAGCGCUACUGGCGCUAUUGAAGGCCAGUAUGCCAUCAAGCACAACAAGAAAGUUGCUUUUUCUGAACAGCAGGGUCUGGACUGUAUAAAAAAUAGCAAUGAUAAUUGUAUGGGGGGAGAACCUCCUGUAGUUAUGAAGUACCAUAAACGAUUCGGCGUUGUACCAGAAACAGAUUACCCGUAUACAGGAAAGCAAGGAACUUGUACCGAAGAUAGUAAAAAGGUCGUUACCAAAGUCACAGAUUACACCGUCUACCAGCCGGAUGAAGAAACAUUGAAACAGCUUGUAUAUGAAAAAGGACCCUUGUCAGUCGGUAUUGAUCCUCAAGACUUUUCAACAUAUCACUCAGGAAUACUAAAACCCAAAGACUGCAAUGAUAUUGUUUGCCAUGCUGUGCUGUUAGUUGGUUAUGGGAUAGAAAAUGGCACCAAGUAUUGGAUCAUCAAAGAUUCUUACGGUCCCGAAGAGAGAGACCAUGGCUAUGUCAAGUUGGUGCGAGGAAUCAACGCGUGUUCUAUGGGAACCACUUUUACUAUGUCCUGUACUGUUGAGUCUUUCGACACCAUGUUUCCGCUAUUUUUACUCCUGGUAGUUGGCACUACCGCAAUCGAAUUAUUUGAAAAACCAUAUUACGAUUUGAGUGACGCUCACAACCUUUUCAAAAACUUUGUCCAAAAACAUGGCAAAACGUACGAUCCGGAAGAAUAUUUACAUAGACUUGAGAUUUUCAAGAAAUCUUUAAUUGAAAUCAAUGAACGCAACGCAAUACACGCGCAAAGUGUGUUUGAAGUAACUCGUUUUGCGGAUCUGGCGCCUGAUGAACGAUAUAGCAAUAUGCUCCUGAGUGAGUUCGUUGAUGAAACUGCGAUUGAGAUGCAUUAUCACCCCCAUGAGAUCACUGCUCCGGAACAGUGGGACUGGAGGGACCAUGGAGCCGUCACUCACGUCAAGGAUCAAGGUUAUUGUUUGAGUUGUUGGAUCUUCUGCGCUACUGGAGUUAUUGAAAGUCAAUACGCCAUUAAACACGGUAAAGCCCUAGCAUUUUCUGAACAGCAGAGCUUGGACUGCAUAACAAAUCGUUAUGAUAGUUAUGACAUGACUGGGAGACAAGGAGUUGACGAAGACGAUUUAGACAAUUGUUCAGGAGGCUGGCCUGGGGCUGUUAUGGCUUACCAUGAGAAAUUUGGCGUAGUGUUAGAGAAAGAUUACCCAUAUAAAGGAGUUCAAUCAGAAACGUGCAUAGAAGAUACCAAAAAGGUAAUAACUAAGGUCACAGGACACACAGUUCUAAAAUCUACAGAUGAGGAAACACUGAAACAGCUCGUGUAUGAAAAGGGACCUUUAUCAGUGGCUAUAGAUCCCAUGGAUUUAACAUUUCACAAGAAAGGCAUCGUGUAUCCCCACGACUGCAGUAAUCUUGUUUGCCAUGGAGUGCUGUUGGUUGGCUAUGGCGUUGAAAACGGUACCAAGUAUUGGAUCCUCAAGGACUCUGGCGGUCUUGAAAGAGGAGACCAGGGCUACUUCAAACUGGUCCGAGGUAUCAACGCGUGUACCAUGGGCACAACAUAUACUGCAUAUUGUACUGUUGCUUAAUAAAAUGUAAGGGACCAGGCAUUUCAUAAAAAAGUGCCAAAUAUUUUAUAAGCAGAGAUCGGACGAAUUUGCGACAUUCUUAGUGACUUAGUAUGAGAUGGCACACAAAAAUCCU